GACCAUACAAAGCUGUCUAAAAAGAUAAAGGUAGCAGAAAGGUAAACCGACGAAUAGAAGUGUAAUAUUUUCAGAAACUAUUCAAAUGAGUGACUCAGAACAACCAGAGACUGAAACCGCAGUCUCUCAACCUCAGUGGCCAGAGAACGGAGGCCAAUGGAGCGAUGAAGAAGGGGGGGCAGGCAUGGACGAGUGUGGAUUGGCAGAGAUGGCAGAGGAGGAUGAGGAAAUAGAUAUCUACAACAAUGAGACGUUUGGAAUGGAUAUGGAUACAGAAGUCGGGGACACGGAAGGGGAUCCCACUAACCCUCUGUUCCAAUUUGGAGAGAAGCCACCUGCCCCACCUGCCUUGCCAUCCCUCUCCCCUAGCUCCCCCCCCUUCUCUCCCAGGGCCCGGCCACAACUCCGGGUCCAGGGCCCUCCGGUCCGACGAGGAAGGGGACAGAGGGGAGGUCAGGCCAUGGCGCAGAUGUUUGAAGACCCAGCUGUGGUGAGGACUGUGGAGGGGCGACCAAGUUUGCAGAGCUUAGACAGCGCUAUAGUGGACGUUGGGAGCGUCUCCUACUGGGAUGAUCUAGAUCCAGAUGCUUGGAUGUUAUCAUCUUAUGAGAGAACCAGACACGCCUCUGGAUCAGUAUUGCAGGACCCGGCCAUUGUGUGUGUGAUGGACAGUCAUGCCCCUGGCAGAGGACCGAACUACCUGGACUCUCACUACCCGUUCUCCAACUCAAGUGGGAGGAGAGGGGGCCUAAGAGGGUCAUACUCAAGUAGACCAUUUGGGCAAAGAUGCCCAUCUCAGAUUAAUACCAUGUUGCCCAGCUCUCCCAUCGUCUCCCGGCGACCUUUCACCACACAACAGCCAUAUAACCAGGUGGGGGGCUUCCUCUCGCCCUCGCCACGUCCCUGCCCCUCCACCCCUCAACCUUUAACUCCGAAAAUGAUGCAGCUUCGCUUUGGUGCAAACUCCCCAAGACCCUCUCCCUUCUACAGCCCCUCGUCAAAUCGUGUGCAGCGAUUCAGGUUCCCUGAUCCAGUGACACAGCUUCACCCCCAACACAGACGAUUGUUGAGUCAAAGGCAACAGAGAUCCCAAAGAAAACCAGACAGCUGGGACCCCUACUGUAACCUCAUGUCGGCUAAAGAGAAAGAGUGGAUCAUUAGACUACAGAUGAUUCAGCUUCAGAGCGAGAAUCCCCACCUGGACGACUACUACUACCAGGAGUACUAUCGGCGAAUGGAGGCCAAGCUGGCAGAGGAGGAGUUGGGCAUGCGGGGCAAGAGGGAGCCACCCAAACUCACCACCCCCUAUGUCACCAAGAUGGACUCUUACACCCCAGUGGUGCACAUCGAGGGUUCCCUAGGCCAGGUCGCCGUGUCGACAUGUUUCUCUCCUCGACGAGCGAUCAAUGCAGUUGCAGCCCACUGUCCACAUGAGGAACUAAAAGACAUCAGGCAACAGCGAUUGGAUGUCCUAAAGAAAAUAGAAAAGUUGUUCAUGGUGCUGCUGGAGGUAGAAGAGGGGCAGAGGAUGAAGGCACAGGUGCUGGGGGAGGGUGAGGAGAAGGGGCUGAUGGAGAAAACUGAGAUAAAAGUGGAGUACAUCUACUCCCAGCUACAGCAUCCUGACCUAGAGGCAGGGGAAGAAUUUCUGCCAUGUCUCCUGGUGUCCAAAGGAAAGCAGCUACUGGCUCGACUCAUCCCCUUCCUUUCCCAUGACGCCGCGUUGAAAGUCUUAAGCAUGGUGACAUCUCACCUGCCUGUACUCAUGAGCAGAGACGCAGAUGAGUCUCUUCCGGUUUUGUACCCGUCUCUUCGAAUUGUGAUCGGAGGCAUGACCUUCAGUCAGCUUAUUGGGGUCCUUAAAGACUUUACGGCAUCACUUCCCGACUCCAGCGAUGGCAGCGUGUGCCUCUCACUUGUCUGCCAAAGCAAGUUUGGGCUCUCCUUACUCUACGCUCUGCUGUCCCAAGGAGAGAGGCUACUGUCCUCUGAUGUUCCUCUGGAGCCCAGCAUUGGUGACUUUGAAACAUGGACAGACACAGUCUUCUUGGUGGCUUCGCAGCUAUCCCAGAGUGCUCUGGUGGAGCCCCUUCUCCUACCCUCAAACCUUCUCACACUCUUCUGCCGCUACCUGGACAAGCGUACUAUCCACCAGCUGAAGAGCAAUAUGGAAUCUGCGACUGGAUACCUGGCUCUUCCGUCGUAGUAGGCAAGGACAUCUGAAGCAGAGACUGUGUUUUGGCUAAUGUACAGAAUGUAAUGAGCACCAAAAUGAAAACGAGUGGGCAUGCAUACCCUGAGGUAUUCCCUCUGCCUAGACGUACCACAGUAUGGCUGCAUUUACACAAACAGCCCAAUUCUGAUUUUUUUUUUUUUUUUCAAUAAUUGCUCUUUUGAGUAAUCAGAUCAGCGCUGAAAAAUAUUUGAUGUGAAAAGAUCUGUGAUUUUGUCAAAGACCAAUUAGUGGAAAAAAUAUCAGAUUUGGCCUACCUGAGUAAACGCAGCCUAUGCUACCCAUGCAUUCUCCUUGUAUGCAAAAUGUGUUGUCUUAGAACACAUGAAUGCCAUUCUUCUUAUUCCUUCCUUUUUUUCUUCCCUCAUUCCCUCACUUUUUUUGCACCUUUCCGUUGUCUCGAUCUGUUUCCUUUAUCUGCUCCUUUUUAUUUCCUACUUUCCUCCUCUUAGUCUCCAGUCCAGCAACUCAGAUUUGCUCUCUAGUCACAAAUUCUCUUCAUUUUUAACCUCUAUAAUCCAGUCCAUAGUUUUAACUGCUACAGUACCAUAGUACCACAAUGUGGUGUAAUGGACAUAAGUUAGUCCUAUGAUGUAACACAGCCAGUAGAUGGGGCUGAGCGAUUGAUACGUCAGCUCUCACUCUCCAGCUAACCUGCCUAAUAUUCAAGUCAAAAUGAAAAUAUCAAUCGAUGUGUAAUAUCAUUUCGGGAAGAGUAAGCUGUCAUUUAUCAUUUUCAUGAUUUAAACGGUCUUCUCAAAAGAAAUUGGUGUCUGAAUCAUGGAGGAUUGUGCAGUUGCACUUUGUUAGUACGUGUGUAGGUUACAUUUUGUCAUAGAAAAAUGUGUUUUCGUAAAAUCAAAUUGACUUAAAAAAAUAUUUGGAAGUUUGGUUUCUUUCUAAAAGAUAAAUGUAUAUGGUUUUCCAAAAUGUACCCUCUAUGCAUGUGCCAUAUGCUUUCUUCAAUAUUUAUUUGAAUAUUUAAGUUGUAACUUGAUCAAAUUGAAUCAGUUUAGUUGGAAACAGAAUAAUCACUCUUGUAUAGCACUUGCAACAUAAGAAAUAAAAUUCUUUAAAAAUAA